ACCUAGGUCACCGACGUUACCUAAUAGAUUACUAGUAGGUAUCAAAUGGUUGGAUAGUCUCCUACUUUUAAAACUUAUGAACGGACGCCUUUCGUGGGGUCGCAGCUGAAGUUUAUAUAAAAGUGAAGACUUAGAAAUAAUGAUGAUACAUUUGAUUAGGCCACACGAACAACUGCGCUACAGCAGGUCACAGGCUGCACACAUUUUACAUAACCAUGAGGAUACACAUUUGGUGCAUUCUAGCGCCAGUGUUCCUGAUAUCUGUGAAAGCAAGUUUACAUGACAAUGUUGGACAGUCAUUCUAUGAGACAUCACAGUCAUCAUCGCCAUCACCAAUCUCUGACUACACGCAAUCUUCCCAACCAGAUGUAUUAGACGGAAUGAAAGAAAUAGUUUUGUACCUAACGCCAGAUCAAGUGAAUGCUUUGCAAGCAGCCGGGGCAGUGGUCAAACCGUAUCCAGAAGAUGAGGUGGACUUUACUUCUGUGGAUCAGCAGCUACCGCAAAGAAUUAAACCUGAGACAAGACAGCAUUAUCAGAUGCAAUGGAAUCCAGACCAGAGUCCACAAUAUAACACUGAAUUACAAAAUUACUAUAAACUUUUGAACAUACAAGAAAUCAAUGACAACUUGUCACAAACUGCUGCAGCUACAAUAAGAACCACAGAGAGGACAACAACGACUCCAAGAUAUAGAUUUACAACCACUACUACUCGACCACGAUUUAAAGAACGAGAAUAUCCAACAUCACCUGCACCAAACAGAAAAGCAAGUAGAACAAAUUAUUCUAAUCAAAACAGUAACACGGAACGUACACCUUUCCAAUACUAUUAUAUUAAUCAAAAUUUUAGAAAUACUCCCUAUAACAUCGGUACCCCUGACAAUAGCCCGUUUUCUGAAAUUAACUCUGGCCGUAAAACCAACUCCAACUUUUAUAGUACACCUAGCUCUACAAUUACUCCUAGCCCUAGUAAAACGGACUAUUCCAACCAAAACAGUAACGUAGAACAUACUACUCAUUUUGAAUUCUAUUUCGAAAAUAAGAAGUUUAAAAAUACUCCUUCCAAUAUCCAAGUCCCUUUCAAUAGUCCUUCAACUAAAAAUACUCCCAACCCUCACAAAAAUACACCUGAAUUUUACAGUACACCUAGCUCUGAAAUUACUCCUAAUCCUUACUAUACCCCCAGUCCUAAAAGUACUCCUAACCCUAACAUUGCCCCUAGCCCUAAAAUUAUUCCUAGUACUUUCAAUUCUCCUAGCCCUAAAAACACGCCUAAACCUUAUAGUACUCCUAAGCCCAACAGCGUCUUUAACUUUAAUAGAAGCCCUAUCCUUUAUAAUACCCCUAGCCGUUCUAAUACCCCUAAUACUUAUAGUACUCCUGACCCUUACAGUAUCCCCAACAAUUUCAAUUCUGCAACCCGAUUGCAACAAUCUCCAUAUCAACCAGAGAAAAUACAACCCAACAACUACUUUCAAUCUAGUAAAGAGAUUAAAGGGAACCAAUAUCACGAAAGCCCUUCCAGUACUCCUACCCCUAGCCCCUAUAAUUCUCCUCGUUCUAACAUUACCCCUAGGCCUAACAAUACUCCUAGCUCAUACAGCAACCCUAAUCCUUAUAAAACUCCUACCCGUCUACCGCAAUCUCUGUAUCAAUCAGAGGAGAAACAAUCCAACAAUUAUUUUCAUUCAAGUAAGGAGAUUCAAGAGAACCGAUAUCAUCAGAACCCUACCAAUACUCCUAGCUCUUUCAGUACCCCUAGCCCUUAUAAAACUCCUACUCAUUUACCGGAAUCUCUGUAUAAAUCAGAAGAGAAGCAACAAAUUGAUUUUCAACCAAGUGAAGAUAUUCAAGAGGACCAAAAUCACCAAAACCCCUCCAAUACUCCCAAGCCUUAUAGUACCCCUAGACCUUACAAAACUCCUACCCAUGAACCGCAAUCUCUGUAUCAACCAGAGGAAAAGCAAUCCCACAAUUUUCAACCAAAUAAAGAGAUUGAAAGGAAACAAUACGAACAACCAGCAACGGCGACCCACCAAAAUGAAUUUUCUGGAACAACUGGAAAUGCUCAACAAAAUGAGUUCACUGUAUCAAGUACGAAACCUCAUGAGAAUGAAAAUGUGUGCAAUGAAGAAACCACGGAGCCUGAGCAAAAUGCAACUCAACGGACAGUGGAAAUUGGAAACAGGAAAGUAAAUAAAUACAGCGCAAGAAAUGUUUACAAGCCACCGGUAACUGUUCAAGUUCAAGUUCAAGAAGCACAAGAGUCUGUGAUACCACAAACACUUGCAGAAGUUCCUCUUUCUUAUAAUGCUCAAACAUUAGCACCAGAGCUAAACACUGGUCGUGAAGACACUACAGAACAAAAGGAACCUCUUAAUUCUGAUAAUGAUCAUAAUGAUAAUUUAAGCAGUUCACCAGUACAAGAGGAACAAGACACGCCCACGACUCCAACUUUACCACCACUCGUUCGUAAACCAUUUGAAGAGGAAGAUUAUUUAUCAUUACUUCUAGCACCAUUAUACAAGCAUCAAACGAUCUCAGAAAUUGUAUCUCAACACAAAGAUGACCUUACUAGAAGUGAGUCAAAUGUUAAUUCUAAAUUACAGUACUUGACAAAUUCACACUUGAAUACUAAUGAGCAUAAGGGUGGCUUAGAAAAUUUGCCUGUUGACUUAAAUGAGCAAGACGGCUUAGCGAAACACGAAGCAGUUACCAGAUCGCCUUCAGUUUAUGUAGAUGAAAAUUCAGAAACUGUUGAAAACAGUCCUCAAUAUUUAGCGAAAACCAGUGAGUUUCCAAUACAAGAACAUACGCCUGAACCACAAGAUUGGAUAGCAUCAUCUCCAAAGCCCGUACCAAUAGAAUUGAUACGUCAAUUUCCAACCGAAGAACAAGUUGUUAAUAUUGGAGGGGGGAGAAAUGUGUUCGCUAGAACAGAGAAACCCUUCACGAUACAGACAAUAGCUCCAUUAAGGUUGAAGCAUACAACUCCAGAAAGUUUACCAUUGGAUGCACCAAUACUUCGUCCAAUUUGGGAUCAUUAAAAAUAUUUAGCUUUAAUCAUACAGUUUGUAUAAAAGUAUUGUUGACUUCAAAUGCAAUAGGUGGUGCCAUCGACUGAUUUCUAAGUGAUAAUAGUUCUAAUUUAUGUAAACAUUGUUAUAAUUUUAGUUAAUUAAAGAAUAUUGAUUGAUUUGUAGUUUUAU